AUGACAGUACACAUGAAAAAUGUAAAACCUACAACUGUGGAUCUUGCAGUGUUGCACAAUAUUGCAAUAGGACAACAGGAUUCGGUACCAGAUAAUGAUGGUGAACUCAAUGAAAUUGUGGAUGCUGAACUUCUACCUCAAAUUGGUGAGGCCGGAGGAAGAGACUCCAAUAAUGCUCUUCUACGAGCAUUUAAUGAUAGGCAUUUUAGAUAA